ACUCGUGUUAUUUCUUGGGAUGUCACUUCUGAUUUCAGUGUACAAAUCCAGCUACACAGUUCAGGAGUAUUGUGAUUGGUUUGAAGGUGGGAGGGCUGUGCCUACAUUAUCCAAUAGAAGAAGAGCACGGGCGUGGUUGUAUGACGUACACGUAAACACCUCCAUUUCAACAAUUCUGUAAAAUCCAGUGCAACAUAUGUUUCAGAGUUAGUUGUUAACUGGCUUGAUUCGUUGAGCGUAGCUGAGUAAAACCUGCCCGCGAGUUUUCUACGAAUUCAUUGUAACGGCGUAUCACCCUUUACUUAAACGUACAAAAAAUCUCUUCGCCUCUCUUCGUCUAUCCUACAGCAUUCUGCACGCGCGCAUCGAGGUUCUCAGCUCCAUUCAAACCAUAAAUAAUCAAGGCAAGCGUUUAUAUUCGCGAAGAAGAUGAAGACUAAGUUCAUAAAUGGGGUUUCGUCCUCUCCCUCUAUGUCAUUGGACUUACUGGUGACAGAGAGUUCACUCGAAGUGCAGGCAGAUGCUGAGAAUGACUGCAAAGAUGUAAUUCGCCAGGACGAGCCCGACCAGCAGACAAAGCAUAAGGCGUUUCUGUGGUGCAGAGAAUUUCUCCACGGAGCAUGGAAAUCUCUGACUGAAGAUGCUUUUAAGAUCACAAUUAUCAGGGGUGGUCUCAGCAACAUGCUCUUCCUGUGUGCGCUGCCAGAGCACAUCCCCAGCGUAGGAGACGAGCCCCGAAACGUCCUGUUACGCAUCUAUGGAGCCAUCCUGCAGAUGUCGUGUAAUAAAGGGGAGCCAGGACAGUCAAACAAAGAAAAUCACUUUCAAGGUGCGGAGGCCAUGGUGCUGGAGAGUGUGAUGUUUGCCAUUCUGGCGGAGCGUGAGCUGGGACCCAGACUCUACGGCAUCUUCCCUCAAGGCAGGCUGGAGCAGUUCGUCCCUAGCCGUAAGCUGGAUGCAGAGGACUUGAGUAUCCCCAGCAUAUCUGCUGAGAUCGCAGAGAAGGUGGCCAAGUUCCACGGCAUGAGGAUGCCCUUCAACAAGGAGCCCAAGUGGCUCUUUGGCACCAUGGAAAAGUAUAUGACCCAGGUGCUGAGUCUUACCUUCGUCAGGGAGUCUCACAUCCGCAAGGCCAACCGGCUCAUGAGCUACAACCUUCCCCAGGAGAUGGAGAACCUGAAGACUCUGUUGGAGGCAACUCACUCUCCAGUGGUCUUCUGCCACAACGACUGCCAGGGAGGGAACAUCUUGCUCCUGAGUGGCCGUGAGGACUCUGACAGACAGAAGCUCAUGCUGAUCGACUUUGAGUACAGCAGCUACAACUACAGGGGCUUUGAUAUCGGGAACCACUUCUGUGAGUGGAUGUACGAUUACAGCCACGACAAGCCUCCCUUCUUCAAGGUGAACGCCAAGAACUACCCCACCAAAGCCCAGCAGCUGCAUUUCUUUGGCCACUACCUGUCUGAGUGUGACAAGGGCUUUGCCAACCUGAGCAGUGCCGACCAGCUGAAGCUUAAAGAGAAGAUGGUGGACGAAGUCAACAGGUUUGCUCUGGCCUCACAUUUCUUCUGGGGCCUGUGGGCAAUGAUCCAGGCCAGAAUAUCCACCAUCGAGUUUGGAUACAUGGAGUACGCCGUGACCAGGUUCGAUGCCUACUACGAGCUGAAGAAGAAACUGGGGGUGUAAGCGGCGCGGCGUUGGUUUGGAGUGUGGAGUGGAGUGGAGUGGAGUGGAGUGGAGUGGAGGAACCUCCCUCUUUGCUCUGCAAGGGGGACCAGUCAAGGGUGUUGUAGACGGGCGUAGUAGUGGCAGCUAGGGACACAGGCCAAGCAUCUUGAAGCAUCUCUUUCUCUGACAAACUACUGGAGAUGUUCUCCAUCCGUACUUGGCCGAUGCUUCCUGCUCCCUACUCAAGACACUUCCCUGCACCCUAAUGAGGACGCUUGCUGGAUUACUGGAUGUUCAGCUUAUACCAGCCGAUGGCCCACGCUACGCCUUCCUCUGUCUUGCAGUGUUUACAAUCGACACACCCUUAACACGCCAUGCACUUGCAAAACGCCAUCAAUACACACAAAAAAGUAUUCAUGCUGUCUUCUCUGUACUAAAAGGUCAUGCUUAAGCUGUGAGGUUGAUGCAUUUACUUACAAUCAGAAGAAAGUUAAAAAAAAUGAUAGAUGAGCAAUUUUCCAAAUGCCAGUGUUGGUGGAAGGACAUUCCUGAUCCACUUUUGCUGCGUCUUAUUGCUUAUCGUGCAUCUUAUCUGGCUGCAUAGCGCUAUCUUUGCAGCGCCAUGAUAGCAGACGCACUUUGUAGAGCUAAGGUUGCCGGCAAUGAAAGGAAUAUCUACACUACAUAAACACCCAGAGUUUAGCUGCUCUAACCCUUCAUCAUGCAUCCUAGCAGAACUCUCCAUAGUCCAUAUCUUCCUAAAUAGCUGACACAUCUCCUCUCCUCUGGCUGUGGCUCCUCUCUGCUGGUUUACCUCUUGACUUCCCAAAUUGAUGCAGCCUGUGAUGUAGCUUACAGGGUGCAUGCUGUAUACUGUGUGCUGCGGAAUAGGGAUUUGAUAGUGCAUUUGAUAGUGUGUACAGUGAAACAAUUGAGAAAACCUCUUACAGUAUAGGUGAAGCUGAUAGGUAACCUCCCACAAAUAUAUAUUAAACAUUUCAAAGGCCUAAUUAAUGGAAAUAUAUAAACAUGUCAAGGACCCUAUUCCUGUCAAUAUUAAAGUGUGGUGAUGAUACAAGCAAAAGACUAAAGCAGAGCCCAGUGCCACACAGCCCAGUCCCCCAUCUCUAAAGCAGAGCUACGGUAUGUGCCACAGUUCCCCAUCUCUAAAGCAGAGCGAUACAGCCCAGUCCUGCAUCUCUGUUGCCAAGUGCUGAUGUUUACACCAUGGGUAUCAGAUCAUUUGUUUUUCGCUUUCAAGGUCCGCAAACAGGCAAGACAAAAAUAAAUAAACUAGCCUCAGCUCCCUCCUCCUGUAAACUGUAAAAAUAGGCUAAAAAUAGAUGUCUGCUGCCUUCUCUAGUCGACCUCCUCUAAAAUCACCCAUGAGAUUAGUUAAUAAGUACAGUAGCCCUAUAGUUCUACUGCUGACUGGAGAAUGAGCCAAGUUUACCUUUUUUUGUACAGGUGUUAUGUUAAAUACAGUCAGUGAGACUUUAAAGUGAUGAAAUGUACAAUGUACAGUUGUGGCAUUUGUAAAAAGUGAUGGAGGCUCUUCUGACAUCAUCAUGAGGGAAAAUUAUGGUGUUGAAUGUUUUAUUAUUAUUUCUCUGAAAUCUUUUGCCUACUCGGCAAGAGCUGAGUGAUAGAACUGUCUUUACUUGAUCAUGUGUUCAUCUUAUGUGAUGCCACUGACUUCAUUUAAUCUUUACAAAAACUGUGACAAGUCUUUUACUUUCUUGUACUAUACAAUUUAAUAUGUCAUGUUUAACAGUUGUACUUUUUAUAUACCGUAGGUAAACAUUUAUUCAAUCAUGUUAUGACAUUGUUGAGGUAGCUCGAGCCUGUUGCUAACUACUAUGUCAAUGGCACUUUCCAUGACAGUAUGUACGUACACGUGUUUUGUUGUAUUUUUUUUUUCUAAAUGCGAAUUUUAUAUUUUUCCUGCGAUGGAAGAUCUAUUUUUCUUAAUAAGAAAGUUCUCUCUUUCCUCGUUGAAAUGAGUCUAUUUUCCUCUUGUGAAAGCUUCCGUUGGCGGUCAUUUAGUAAAUUUGUCAUUCCUCACAAUAUUUACACUUAUUUUCAGAUCGUUACACAAUGAAGUAUUUUUUAUACCAUAGCCAUCUCAAACAUCCAGUUAGAGCGUGAACAUCACAUUAGUAUCAGUUAUUGACACUGUACUCUGUACUAUGACAGGUCACAAUCACUCUGUCUAGCUGUGAAAUUCCUGUACAAUUCCUUCAAUGCUGUACAAAUCCAGAGCUGCUUUGUGACGAUGACACUGAAUGUAAAGAGAACCUUUUUAUGAAAGGUUCAAAUGUACCCACUUUAAACGCAAUGUACAAAUUCAAAAUGACCCCUGUGUUUCUCUAUCACUUUCUCUAUCUCUCUCUUUCCUGUCUCUGUUCCUCUCUCUUGACUCGCCCUUUCUUUCUGUUUCUCUAUGGGCCACUAUGUAUGCAAUCUUUACCUGUGUAUGCCAGGUAGACUGACCAUAGCUGUAGCCGUCCUGCUGUAACUUGUAUGCGAGAGGACCAGAAAAGGGAUGGCGAAAGCUCAGCUUCUUGGUAGCAAGCAUUUACUGUACCGUACUGUACUAGAAAGCAUACACUAUCACAAUGCUGUACUGACAUGCAUAUACUGUACUCUAAUGUACUGUUCUGUCCCAGUUCUUGCUUUGCACAUAUAAUCAAUAAAGAGUUGUAAUCAA